AUGGUUACGAGGAGGAGAUUGCAUCACCCUGAAGUGGAGCAGGUGUCUAAACGGCAGAAAGUCGAUAAGGCUGAGAGCAAGAAUAAGAAGCAUGCGGACGUUGCUGCAGAGAGAGGUGAACAAUCCACCGAGGACCACGAAGAUGAAUCACAGGACAAGAAGGACAAGAAAGUGGUAGGAGACAAUAGAGACGAAGACGAAGAGGUGUCACCGAAUGGACAAGAAGCAGCAGAGGAUAACGACGAUAGAAAGGAUAAAGACGCCAAAGAGAAAGAUACAGAGACGAAUGAUGAAGGCACGGAGAAGAGCCACACUGAUGUAAAUGAUGAUGAUGACGAUGUUGAUGAGAGUAAAGAAGAAGAUGCAGCAGCAGCAGUUGACAUUACCAAGGAGAAGAAAGACGAACAAGAGAGCGAUAACAAAACUGAAGAGAAGAAAGUUCAAGAAAAUGAAGAAGAAGAAGAAGAAGACGAAAAUAAAAAUGAUGAAGACGUUGAAGAACUGGGUAGCACUGAACCUGUAGAUGAUGAGAAGAAAGGUCUUGUUAAAUUCGAAUUUGAUGGCGUGGAAUACAAGUUUAAGGAAAGAGCAAGUGUGAUAGAAGAGAAUGAAGGUAAAAUUGAGUUCCGUGUGGUGAGUAACGACAACACAAGAGAAAAUAUGAUGGUCUUGACUGGUCUUAAGAACAUCUUCCAAAAACAAUUACCAAAGAUGCCAAAGGAAUAUAUUGCUAGACUGGUUUACGACAGGAGCCAUCUAUCGAUGGCUGUGAUACGAAAACCGCUAACAGUUGUGGGUGGUAUUACGUACAAACCAUUCAAUAAAAGGCAAUUUGCAGAGAUUGUAUUUUGUGCCAUCAGUUCCACUGAGCAAGUUCGAGGGUAUGGUGCUCACCUUAUGAACCAUUUGAAGGACUACGUACGAAACACUUCUGAUAUUAGGUACUUUUUGACAUACGCCGAUAAUUACGCUAUCGGUUAUUUCAAAAAGCAAGGUUUCACAAAAGAUAUCACAUUAGAUAAAAAGGUAUGGAUGGGAUACAUCAAGGAUUAUGAAGGAGGUACCUUAAUGCAAUGCUCUAUGCUCCCAAGAAUUCGUUAUCUGGAUGCCGCAAAGAUCUUGCUACUACAAGAAGCAGCUCUGAGGAGGAAAAUACGUACUAUAUCGAAAUCUCACGUUGUUCAUCCUGGAUUAGAAUGCUUUAAUGACAUAGAAAAUAUCAAACCAAUCGAUCCGAUGUCCAUACCAGGUUUAAAGGAAGCCGGAUGGACUCCAGAGAUGGACGAGCUGGCUCAAAGACCAAAGAGGGGCCCUCAUUAUGCGGCAAUUCAGAAUAUUUUGGUGGAACUGCAAAAUCAUGCUGCUGCAUGGCCAUUCUUAAGACCUGUCAAUAAAGAAGAGGUUCCAGAUUAUUAUGAGUUUAUUAAAGAACCAAUGGACUUAAGUACUAUGGAACUAAAGCUGGAAAACAACAAAUACGAAAAAAUGGAGGAGUUUAUUUACGACGCCAGAUUAGUUUGUAACAACUGUCGGCUGUAUAAUGGUGAGAACACUUCAUAUUACAAGUAUGCCAACAGACUUGAAAAAUUCUUCAAUAAUAAGGUUAAAGAAAUACCUGAAUACUCACAUUUGAUCGAUUAG